CAGGGUUUUCGUUCAAAGCCAGCUGGUCUGGCUAUAUUAAUGCAGGGCAUUUGUUUGGUUUUGAUUUUUCUUCUUUUUAUUUAUUUAUUUAUUUAUUAUUUUUUUUUAUUAAGUUUUGAAAUGGUUUGAUUAACCUGGCCUACAGCUGGACCUGCAGGGUGUGACUUCCUGGGGAAGCACAAGAUCGGCACCGGUGCCAACUAGACAACCAAAACCGCUCACUGAAACCUAAAAGGGCCUUCCUGGUGAAACCAAGGCAAACUCCAAGCUGGAUCCAGAAUAACUGAAGGAACUGUGAACGUGGUUCAGCUACUGGAAUCUUUGAAUUGAGUGGAGCAGUCAAGAGAAGAAAGUCUGGGUUGAAGAAACGCAACAGAGGGACAAAAAGCAUAAAGUUCAUUGGUGAAAAAGAGAGAGAAGAAAAAACGGGGACAAUGGGGAGGAAAAAGAUUCAGAUCACACGGAUUAUGGAUGAACGCAACAGACAGGUGACGUUUACAAAGAGAAAGUUUGGCCUGAUGAAGAAAGCCUAUGAGCUGAGUGUGCUGUGUGACUGUGAGAUCGCCCUCAUUAUUUUCAACAGUACCAACAAGCUCUUCCAGUAUGCCAGCACAGACAUGGACAAAGUAUUGCUGAAAUACACCGAAUACAAUGAGCCACAUGAGAGCAGGACCAACUCUGACAUUGUGGAGACGUUGAGAAAGAAGGGUCUAAAUGGUUGUGACAGCCCUGAUCCCGACGCAGACGACUCGGUGGGCCACAGCCCAGAGUCAGAGGACAAGUACCGUAAAAUCAACGACGACAUAGAUCUGCAUAUGAUCAGCAGACAGAGGCUUUGUGCUGUGCCCCCUUCCAACUAUGAGAUGCCCAUUCCCGUGAAUAACCAGAUCUACCCGGGUAACCAUAACCUGCUUCCCUUGGCUCACCAUGGCCUGCAGAGAAAUAGCAUGUCACCUGGAGUCACGCACAGGCCUCCUAGUGCAGGUGGUCUGAUGGGCGCUGAUCUCUCCACUGGCAUGGGUACCAGUGCUGGUAAGGACGGCAUCCCCUCAUACUACCGAAAUGGCUAUGGAAACCACCGUAACUCUCCUGGACUGCUGGUGUCCUCUGGAGGCAUGAACAAGAGCAUGCAGGCCAAGUCUCCUCCGCCGGUGAACCUGGGGAUGAACAGCCGUAAGCCUGACCUACGCGUGCUCAUCCCACCUGGAGUCAAGAACAACAUGCCCUCGAUUAACCAGAGAAUAAACAACUCUCAGUCUGCACAGUCACUGGCGACCCCUGUGGUUUCUGUAGCGACACCCACUCUACCAGGGCAGGGAAUGGGCGGCUACCCGUCAGCCAUUUCCACCUCAUAUGGUACUGAAUAUUCUCUGAGCAGUGCAGAUCUGUCCUCUUUAUCUGGCUUUAACAGUGCCAACACUCUGCAUCUGGGCUCAGUGAGUGGAUGGCAACAACAUCAGAUCCAGAACAUGCAGCACUCUGCUCUCAGUCAACUGGGAAAUUGCUCUAGCACUCAUUUAUGUCAGGGUUCAAAUCUCUCCUUGCCCUCUACUCAAAGCCUGCACAUCAAGUCCGAACCUGUUUCUCCUCCUAGAGAUCGCUCCAGUAGCGCCACGCCCGCCAGCUACGGCCCACUACCAUCCCACCAGCAGCACCAGGGCCCUCCCCCACAGGGGCGGCAGGACUCGGGCCGCUCCCCAGCCGACAGUCUCAGCAGCUGUGGCAGCUCGCACGAGGGAAGCGAUCGCGACGAGCACCGUCCCGACUUCCAUUCGUCCCUGGGAUUGGGCCGACCCGGCCUGGACGAGCAAGACAGCCCAUCCAUCAAGCGAGUCCGCCUUUCAGAUGGGUGGGCCACAUGAUAUGCAACACCCCUUAAACAGCCCCAACCUCGAUCUCGACCUCCCCAUUGUGGUUCCACAGUGCCACAUAGCUCACAAGUUCUCUUUAUCUCGCUGCCGUUUAUGACGAGUCACAAUCAUUACUCCCGCUGAUUCUCUGUUUUGCUGUAGAGAGGGGAAGAAGUACUCUCUAAAUUACCUAUUACUUUUUUCUUUUUUUUGAUCAGAGUGUGGCUGAUAUACAUAUUGUUGUGAUUGACGGGUCAAUGGGAGGGAAAAGAGAAGGAGGACUGUUGUACAACAGGGUCGGGGAGGGUUUAGUGGGUGGGGUUACUAUGCAUAACUUGUGCAGUGUGUGGAAUAAAAUGUAAAGAAUUACCAUAAAUGCAUAUAUAUUUCCACGUGUGUAAAAAAAGGUGUACAUGUAUGCAAAGUAACAAACCAACAAAAUGUUUCAGGUACUCUUGGAUUUUCUUUUGUAAAAAUGUACUUCAACUUGCCUCAGUGAUAUUCAGCCACAGGAGAAGUAUAGCAGAGAGUGUAUCACGGAGGUGACAGCUUAGCACUUGUUGUACCAGUACAAUAUGUACAAAUUCCUUUUCUUAGUGCCACUCUCUUCAGAGGGCCCCUUCACUAAAUGCAUCUUAUGAGUGACAAAGUCAUGUUGCAGGUUCAACGUAUUGUACAUAGAGAAAAGGCAGGGACAAGGGGGACAGGUCAAGGUUGAUAAAUAUUACUGAUUUCACACAAACAAAACUGUUAUGCAAGAAUUUUGGAGGAUUAUACAGAUACUGUACAGUAUUUGUGGGUUCCUAUGUUAAGUUAUGUGUUUCAAGACCUCCAGUGAAAAAUAGAAAAACUCUCCUGUUGAAAGAAGGAAAGAAUCAAUAGCAGGACAGAGAGGAGUUGAAUAGAUGAAGGAUUUUAAAUUAAGAGCCAUGUUACUUCAUUCUGAUGAAAUUCAAAACCUAGGACUUGCAUUUGUUGUUCAGUAUUAAAAGAAUAAAAAGAUUAAAAAAACAAAUAAAAAAAAAAAAA